UAGAUAUGACAUAAGAAAUUUGUGUAAACAUUUAGUAAGAAUCUGCAAGUGUAAGCACCUUAUUACUGGUACCAUGAGAGUGUUUUUUGAUUGAUUAAAAAGAGAUGUGGGCUUCAAUAGUGCUAUCAGCUGUUCUUUAAGCAAAAGGAUGCCAGCUGAUGUUUAAUAAAAAAGGAAUCAGCAUGAGUAAAAUAUAACUAAUCUAUAUAUCUAUAAGAAAGUUUUUACUGUACAACUAGUAAAGUAUAAAGAAUGUAGUUAUAAUUCAACAAAUGAUGAAAAAAACGAUUCCUUUAGUUAACAUUGUAAAUGCUGGACAUCAUGGUUACGAGUCAGGAUUAAAACUGCAAAAGCAACUAAGUAAUCAGAAAGCGGAAGAUUGGGCCAAUUUCCGUAAUUAUCUAAUUUUACAGCAACAUGAUCCAGUGUAUACUAUAGGUAUACGAACGAAGAAUUAUUCAUAUGCAGAUGAACAACGUUUACGUAAAUUGGGAGCUGAGUUUUUUCGUACAAAUCGUGGCGGUUUGAUAACCUUUCAUGGACCAGGUCAAUUAGUUGCAUAUCCCAUAUUACAUUUGCAUCAAUUUCAACCGAAAAUGAGAUGGUAUGUUGCUACAUUGGAGAAGACUGUUAUUGAAACCUGUCGCAAAAUGGGUAUUCCCCAAGCUACUACUACAUCAGAUACUGGCAUAUGGGUAGGAAAUAACAAGAUUUGUGCAAUUGGUGUACAUGGCUCUCGAUAUGUUACAACACACGGCAUAGGUCUUAAUUGCUGUACCGAUUUACGUUGGUUCGAACACAUUGUUCCUUGUGGUAUUGAAGGAAAAGGUGUUACUUCAUUGAGUAAUGAGCUACAACGCAAUGUAUGUGUAGAAGAAGCAGCGAAAGUCUUUGUACGAUGUUUUGCAGAACAUUUUAAUUGCCAAAUACAAGAUAAUAUGCAAUGAUUUUAUAAAUAUUUUUUCAUAUUAGUGGUACAUUUUUACUUUAUAUACUUAGCUUAAGAAAUAUAUUGGAUCAUAGUAACAAUCUGUGUCUUAUCGAUAUAAACGAAGUAAACAUUUUAUAUAUUGCUGGUCAGAAAAUUUAUCUAAAUACAGGGCCAUUGUUAUAGGAAUCUACUUACGUGGUUACAACUUUGAUAUUACGUGUUCGAGUAGAGAUUUCAGUUAUAACGGGAAAUAAAACAAUGUCAAAGGAAUCCUA